AUGUCACCACCAAAGAGAAGUAAGAACCAAAACCAGAAAAGAGAGGUAGUUCCCGAAGUUUUCCAAGAUUCGCAAGCUAGAAAUCAACUGGCGAAUGCUCCACAGUUAACUGAAAAAUCGAGAGUGAGGAAGGCAAGCAGAACGGCAGUUAGCAAAGAGCAAGCUAAAGUAAGACUGUAUGGUAAGAAGAAGGACCGCAAAUACGAUGAGAAAGAACUGGACAUACCCUCACUAAAUAGGGCCAUCAUCCCUGGUGUGAAAAUCAAAAAAGGUAAGAAAGGUAAGAAAUUGAUGGAUGAUCACGACAGCUUGAAACUGAAUAGACUAAUUAAGACAAUUGGAGAUAAAUACGAUGACCUCGAUGAAAGUAAACUAGAGAAAAGCAGAAGGCUCGAAGAGAUCAGAGAUUUGAAAAGGCAGGAAAUCGAGAAGAAAGAAGCUGAAAAGAAGGAAGUUUUAGAAGACAAAAAGGAUGAGAUAAAGCGUAAAGCGUCAGUUGCUAGGUCUAUGCGCAGAAAGCAGAAGCGUGACUCCUCGAGAACCUUUGAAAAUAAACCGGUGGAGAAAUCGAAAACUAAAAAGAGCGUUUCAUUUGCGUAA